AUGGACAAGGAAUAUCUCCAGGAAGGUAAGUCCAGACGGUCUAAUACUUAUGAUCAUUUACUAACUGCAGACUUUGAUCCGUCCAAGGUCAAGGUGGCCCAAUUGCGGGAGAUUCUACGCGAAAACGACAUUGUGUUUCCCUCUGCCGCAAAGAAGAAAGAACUCGUGGAGAUCUUCAACGAGAGCAUUGGCAAUAAGAAUUCAUCAAAAGAGGGCCAUUCUGAGGCUCCUGCUAAUACCCUGAAUGCCAACGAUACCAAGGACUCCGUUGAGAUCAUCGAGAUUGAUGAGGCGUCUCCAGAAGUGAAACCAAAGAAGAAGACAAAGAGAAAGACGUCGAAGAAGCACGUCAAGGCUGAAGAAGACGAAGGCGUGAAAGAUUAUAACAAGGAAGAGGUGAGUCCAGAUGCCUCCAAGACCUCAAUCGACGAGUCUGACAACUCCCUUCAGAAAACACCCAAACCAACCAAAAGCCCGUUCGGCUCCUCGCCACCCUCCAAGAAACUGAAGAAAAGAAAAUCAAGCGUGUUUGAUGAGCCCAAGAAGACCCCAGAAAAGGGCAACCUCUUCCAGGUCGACAUGGACUCCGAUUCAGACACUGUCAUCUUUAGUCCAAAGCCCAAAAAGGCCAAAACAACGCCACUGCCCGCUCCUGUCAAAACCACCAAGCGCAAGGUAUCAUCGAAGAAACAACCCAAAGCUUCGACGUCUCCCGACAUUUCCAAGUCCGUCAAUCUGGACUUAGAGGAGAGCGUUGCCAAAUCCACCCCAACCAAAGCGCCAGAGCCUGUGUCUCCUAAAGUCGAGACUGAUAUCAAGCAGGAGGUUCACCGCCCAGUUCUUGACCCUAUUCUUGACUCUACCACUGACGUUUCUCGUGAAGACUCUGAGGACAAGUUCAAUGAAUCUUUAAAAAAUGAGCUUGUUGACGACGCCACAGGAUUCGACGCUGCCCUCUCCAGACUCAAACGCCACGACAGCCAGGAUCUGGAACUCACCAAAGAGAGAAAAGAUGCAGAGCUUGCUAAGCUACUAGGCGUGGACAUCAAUGGCGUGAAACCAAAGCCCAAGGGUAGGAGAAGCAUCACCCCUCGUCGGCCAAUUAUCAUCCCUGAGAGGCGUUUGGCCUCAGACAGAGGGUCUCUUCUCGAUGAUCUCGAUAAAGACGUUCCAUCCUCUGCAACAGAAACCGAGGAGCAAACAGCUGCUCCAAGUGACGAAGAAGCUGAUACUGACAUUGAGGACGAAGAAGAGACCGCUGACGAAAAGUCACUUGCAUCGAGAGUCAGGAACCAAAAACGCAAUUCCCCAUCAUUGGCCACAACCUUACUGUUUAUUGGUCUCUGGAUUUUGUUAAUUGGCUUUGCUAUGUUUGGCUACUGGUAUAGAGAGCAAACAAUUCUCAUCGGCUACUGUGGGCAUGAAAUUGACAAACCAACAGUUCCACAGCAAUCCGACACUCCGGCAUUAAUUUCUAAACUUGGCACUUACCUUGACAAUAAUUUCAAACCAUCGUGCGUUCCAUGCCCGCAGCAUGCGAGGUGCUUCACGCAUCUAGAGUUGGGAUGUUAUGAGGACUUUGUCGAGUCAAAGCCAUGGUACUAUCAAUAUUGGCCGGUGUUUGACCCAAGAGCCAAGAAAUGCAUUCCAGACACAAAGAAAGCUGAGAAAGUCGAACUCAUGAUAGACGAGGCUCUUGACUUGUUAAGGGCUCGUAACGCUAAUAUUCAAUGCGGCCUGACGGCAGUUGACAACUUUGAAGCGGGCAUUGAGGUCAAUGAAUUGCAUGAUCUUUUGCUUGCACUCAAAGCCCCAUAUAUCACAGAGGAGGAGUUUGAAGAUUUGUGGAAACGUUCGGUUGUUGAGUUGGAGAAAGAACCGGAGAUAACGGUAAGGCAAGUUGCAACUAUUUAA